AUUUUGGAUGGAGUCUCCGUGGGUCCGAGUUCCUCCGGCAGCUUUGUUUUUCUUGGCAGGUUCUCUCAGUACGGGCAAUAGCGACAUGCCAUGUGUGGGGGCAAAGAUGUUGAGUACUCAGCUGAGUUGUACAUAAAUUUGGCUGGGACACGUUACCCUUGAUUGGCACGCGCCACUCCCAUAACUCUGGUUCCUUCCGUGGGAGUCUUACAAAUGCGGCAGUGGAAUUAAGAUCUGUUUCGGGAUCAACACCGACAGCAGGCUUUUCAAGAUUUCUUCCACCCCGGUACUUACUUAACGUGAACGAACAACACGAACCAGCGUCCUUUUCGCGCGCGGCAGCGGCGCGCUGGCGACAGGCGAGACGCGCGGUAUCCUAGCAACCAGAGGAACGCGCAGUUCAGCGCCUGCGAAGGACGGAACAUGGCGACCCCGCGCGAGAGAGAAGCCGCAGAUUAUCUGCAGAAGCACAAAAUACCAGAGCUAAUGCACAAUUUGACGAGUAUGCUGUUUUUCCACAGGCCGGACCGACCCCUCGAGUUCCUAAUAGCGCAGCUGGAGAAGCUGCAGGCGUCCAGAGCGGGCGCUGCGGAGACCCCCUGUCUCUUUGACCACUCCAACGUGGACGCCGUGUUCGGGAUACUGGACCCCACGGGACAGGGACACAUCACCCUGGUGCAGUACAAGGAGGCGCUCUCCACCUUGGGAAUUACGGGCUUUGAUGAGUUUCCCGAAGGCGCCGCCGCCGAUCAGGUUUCUCUGGAGACUUUCAGGAGAGCGGCGAAAGAGGGAUUACUGAGAAGUUCAGCAACAUAUAAAUCUGCGUGAUGCAGUACACUGGCUUACGAGUGAUGUGAAUGGGUGUUACAGAUUUUUGAAGAUGAAAACAUGUUUGUAGUUUUUUAAUUGCAUCACCUUUACUUAUGUAUUUUAUAAGAAUUUGUGUUUUGUUGUAGAGCAAAUGCAAUCUGUAUUUAUGCUCCCAGCUGACAGAUGUCAGCAAAAGGCACCUGAACAGAAAAGGGGUGUCGCACCACCUUAAUUCAACUGGCUUUCCUGAUUUUACAUCUUGUGUCUAUUGUGUCUGCUGUUAUGAGCGUCUGUGAUCAAUAACAAGAAUGUUUCACGUUUGGCAGAUGAACUGACCAACAACUGGUAUUGUACAUGAGCUGGUGAAGGCAAGUUAUUUUCAUUUUCAGUCAUUUUAAAGUAGUUGCAAUUUUAUCGUAGCUCGAAGUUAGUACAAAUGUUAAAAUGAAAAGUCUUACAAAUUAUUUUUUAUUCCUCGUAGCUAUGUAACAACCUAACUAGCAAAUCAAGAGAUAUCGCUACUCUGCACCUUUUAUUGAUUGUAACUUGGAGUUUCCUACAAAAUUAGCUGUGAACACAACUUCCACUCCCAAUUGUGUUAAUAAGGAGGACACUGAGGAGCCAGUAUAUUUCUUUUGUAUGACUCUCUCUUUUAGAUAUUCUCAAGUUUUUCUUGUUGUGACAAAACUUCUGUAAAUCUCAAUUUUCCACAAAAAAUAAAGACAUUAAACGUCA